GGCCGAGGGCAGAGACGAUCUUGGUCCGAUGUGAUCCACCAACGUCGUGUGUCUGCGUGAGUGAACCACCGGAGAACACGGCAGCAGCAUGGGGAAAAAACAGAAGAAAUCCGGGGAGGACAGUGCCAAAGAUGAUGUGGACUUAGAUGCUCUUGCCGCAGAAAUUGAAGGAGCCGGAGCCGCUAAAGAAGCAAAAGGAAAGAAGAAGAAAAGGGGCGCGAAAAAAGACGAUUUUGACGAGGAUGACAUUUUGAAAGAACUGGAGGAGCUUACUAUUGAACAAGGAGGAAAAAAGAAAUCAGACGUGACAGAAGAACCGGAGAUCAUUGAACCUCCAAAAGAGAAAAAGAAAACUCGUAAAGGCAAAAAAGCUGCGAGUGUCGAUGAAGAAGAGGAGGGGCAAGAGCAGGAGCAGGAACGCAACGGAGAGGACAAGAGAAAGACUUCUGUAGCCUCUGAUUCGGAUGACGACUCUCUCUCUCGCCUCAAAGCCAAAUCUGGAAAGAAGGGCUCUAAAAAGGGAGAGGAUGAGGAGAGAGAAGAGAGGGAGGAGGAAGAGGAGGAGAAGAAAGCAGAGGAGAAGAAAUCAGUGCCUGCAGUGAACGAGGACGAUGAUGAUGAAGAUGAUGAAGAUUUCACCUCCAAACGGGACAAGAAGAAGAAAAACAAAGCCAAAGCCGUGAAGGCAGAGAGCGAUGAUGACGAGGAGGAGGAUGAUGGCGGCUUCAAAAUCAAAACGGCCGCUCAGAAAAAGGCUGAAAAGAAAGAGAGGGACAAAAAGAAGAAAGAGGAGGAGCGUUUGAAGAAGCAGAAACAGAAGGAGAAAGAGGACGCGAAAAAAGAUGACAAGAAACCAGACACCCCACCCACUCCCACUCUAGCCGCUGCUACACUUCCUGCUCCUGCUCCUCCUCCAGCCAGUCAGGGUCCAGAGGAGGCUGAGGGGGCAGACCCAGCAGGAGAAGAUGACGGUGAAGGAGGGGACAAGAAGAAAAAGGACAAGAAAAAGAAGAAAGGAGAGAAGGAGGAGAAGGAGAAAAAGAAGGGCCCGAGUAAAGCCACAGUGAAAGCCAUGCAGGAGGCACUGGCCAAGAUGAAGGAGGAGGAGGAGCGAGCGCGGAGAGAGGAGGAAGAGAGGCUGAAGAGGCUGGAGGAGCUCGAGAAGCAGAGGCUUGAACAGGAGCGUCUGGAGCAGGAGAGGAAGGAGAAGAAGAAGCAGAAAGAGAAGGAGAGAAAAGAGCGACUGAAAAAAGAAGGAAAACUCCUGACGAGAACUCAAAAAGAGGCCAGAGCCCGAGCCGAGGCAACACUCAAGAUGCUGCAGGCCCAGGGGGUCGAAGUGCCAUCCAAAGACUCUGUGCCAAAGAAGAAGCCAGUUUAUCGAGACAUGAGGAAGAAGAAACUCAAUGCUCCCACGUCCGAAGAAACUUCAGAGGUGACGUCACCGGCCUCAGAGACUCCAGAGCCGUUGCCAAUGGAGACAGAGACUCCGCCCCCUCAGCCUUCAGAGGUAAAAGCCGAUGCUGUGGACGACUGGGAGGCCAUCGCCAGCGACGAAGAGAAAGAGCUGAAGAAAGUCCACAUCGAGGUGAAAGAGGAGCCUGCCAUCGCCCCGGAGCCAAUGGGAAGUGAUGAAGAGGAGGAGGAGGAAGAGGAGGACGACGAGGAAGAGGAGGACGAGGAAGAGGAGGAGAGUGAGGAGGAGAUUUCCACAUCGACGGCAGCAGAGGCUACCAGGGCGACGGCGGCGACUUCAAAAAGACGGCCGAAAGAGAGCGAAGACGAGAGCAGUGAGAGCGAUGAUGAUGACGGGAGGACAAAGGAGGAGCGUCUGUAUGACCGCGCCAAGAGGAGGAUAGAGAAACGUCGUGUGGAGAACAUGAGGAACAUCGACGUGGACACACUCAGAGCUCCAGUGGUCUGUGUCCUGGGACAUGUCGACACAGGGAAGACCAAGAUCCUGGACAAGCUGAGGCACACACACGUUCAGGACGGAGAGGCCGGAGGGAUCACGCAGCAGAUUGGAGCAACAAACGUCCCCAAAGAAACGAUCGAGGAGCAGACAAAGAUGGUCAAAAACUUUGAUCAUGAAAACAUAAAGAUCCCUGGGAUGCUGAUCAUUGACACACCUGGACACGAGUCUUUCAGUAACUUGAGGAAUAGAGGCAGUUCUCUGUGUGAUAUUGCCAUCCUGGUGGUGGACAUCAUGCACGGACUAGAGCCUCAGACACUCGAGUCCAUAAACCUGCUCAAGGAGAAGAAAUGCCCCUUCAUCGUAGCACUCAACAAGAUCGACCGUCUGUAUGACUGGAAGAAAAGCCCAGACACUGACGUUGUGGCAACGUUAAAGAAACAGAAGAAAAACACUAAAGACGAGUUUGAUGAGAGAGCCAAGGCCGUCAUCGUGGAGUUCGCUCAGCAGGGCCUGAACGCUGCUCUCUUCUUCGAGAACAAAGACCCAAGGACCUUCGUGUCCCUGAUCCCGACCUCAGCUCACAGCGGGGACGGGAUGGGGAACCUGAUUGCUCUUUUAGUGGAGCUGACUCAGACCAUGUUAGCGAAGAGGUUAGCGCACUGCGACGAGCUCCGGGCGCAGGUCAUGGAGGUGAAGGCUCUCCCUGGCAUGGGCACCACAAUCGAUGUGAUUCUGAUAAACGGUCGGCUGAGAGAGGGAGAGACGAUCAUUGUGCCUGGUGUGGAGGGGCCCAUAGUGACACAGAUCAGAGGUCUACUGCUGCCUCCUCCACUCAAGGAGCUCAGGGUCAAGAAUCAGUACGAGAAGCACAAAGAGGUGUGCACGUCUCAGGGAGUGAAGAUUCUGGGCAAAGACCUGGAGAAGGCUCUGGCAGGGCUCCCUCUGCUGGUGGCACACAGGGACGACGAGAUCCCAGUGCUCAGGGACGAGUUGAUAAAGGAGCUGAGACAGACCCUGAGCUCCAUAAAGCUGGAGGAGAAGGGUGUUUACGUCCAGGCCUCCACUCUGGGCUCUCUGGAGGCUCUGCUCGAGUUCCUGCGCACCUCCAAAGUCCCUUAUGCUGGCAUCAACAUCGGUCCUGUUCAUAAAAAAGAUGUUAUGAAAGCAUCCACCAUGUUGGAACAUGACCCUCAGUAUGCUGUGAUCCUGGCGUUUGACGUUAAAGUGGAGAGAGAGAGUCAGGAGAUGGCCGACAGUUUGGGAGUCAGGAUCUUCUCGGCUGAAAUCAUCUACCACCUUUUCGAUGCCUUCACCAAAUACAGAGAGGACUAUAAGAAGGCCAAGCAGGAGGAGUUCAAACAUAUCGCAGUUUUCCCGGUGAAGCUCAGAGUUUUGCCUCAGUUCAUCUUUAACUCCAGAGAUCCCAUUGUGAUGGGAGUGAACGUGGAGGCCGGAGUCUUAAAGACAGGAACGCCAGUCUGUGUGCCCAGCAAAGGGUUUGUGGACAUUGGCAUUGUGACGAGUAUUGAGAUGAAUCACAAACCUGUCGACUCAGCCAAAAAAGGACAAGAAAUCUGUGUGAAAAUUGAGCCCAUUCCCGGAGAGGCGCCCAAGAUGUUCGGACGCCAUUUUGAGGCCACGGACAUCAUCGUCAGCAAGAUCACCCGUGCCUCCAUCGACGCUCUGAAAAACUGGUUCAGGGACGAGAUGCAGAAAUCAGACUGGCAGCUCAUCGUGGAGCUCAAGAAAACCUUUGAAAUCAUCUGAACAUUUUACCACCAAAAAAAUCAAAAUAAA